AUGCAAGAGAAUAGUUGUGAAUGGAGUCAAGGCUAUCAUUUAACGUGGUAUGACCAUUUGAAUGCUGAUUGGAGUAAUGAAAAUAUUAGGCUGUUUACAUCACGUCAUGGUAUUGAUGGAUUGUUCGACAAAUUGGUAACCAACCGUGAGGCCCAAGCAGCCAAUCAUGACCAUCAAAAUAGUACUUAUAGUGCCUUGCCCACCUAUGAAAGCAAGACGAUCGAUCAAUCGUUGUUAGUAGACUACCUCAACACUUUAAUCCUCAAUCAAUAUCGAUUAGUUAAAGCAGUCAAUACUCAGUUGCCAUUUACGACUUAUCUUCGCAAACGAUUAAUUAUCCUACAACGAUUAUAUCAUGCCAACUUUUAUCGAUAUUAUAGCCAAGACAAGCCUCUCUUACAAAGUGUUGCAGCAGCGUCGUCGACACAUUCCAGUGGUCCGACAAGAGGGCCUGAUUCAUCCAAUUCUCUUUAUCGCCCAUCGACUUCAGCCAUAACCAAUCUUGCUACAACUGGACAAUCGCAAGGAGUCAAUUUAUUAAUUGAAGUGGGUGUCAAGACUGGUAUCAAUGUCAUAUUUAUGCUAUUAAAACAGUCAUGGUUGAAUGAUGCCAAGAGUAGUACUUAUUGGAAUCAACUUCUUUCAACCGCUUUACAAACGUUAAUGUUGAUGCCUCCGUUAAGUUUAGCUAGUGAGCCCAAAUUACCUAGAUUAGCUCAAGAUACUUUAAAUAGCGUCGUUGAAUUUUUGACAUCAUCGCUACAAGCUGAUUCCGGUAAUACUUUUGAAGGUCGACAAAUAGCCAUUGAAUUAUUAUUAACCAUUGCAAUACAGAAAGGCUCUCUUGGUGCUAUUCUCAAUUGGAUACAAUUAGCAUUAUCGUUAGCUAAUUCUCCUCAUCCUUUGCCUCAAGACCAACCCAUGGCUAUCCAUGGCGAUCUAUUUAAUCGUUUAUUGCUACAAAUUGAAAUUGGCAAUUGCUAUCGAUCAUUAUUGAUAUCAAUUUAUGAAUCAAUUGAAUCAAUUGGUGUUGAAUCCAUUGCAGCAAAUGGCAGUGAGAAUAAAUCUGUUACCAGCACACAACAAGAAUACAUUUACAUCGAGGAUGCUGCUAUACACUUGCUGCAAGAGGUAGCCAGUUUAGCACGUGAACAUGAAGGCAUUUUUCGAGAUACCGUCGAUUCUUCAUUACAAACUGAUCACGUUAAAGAAUCACAUGUUUAUGUUUGGGGAAGCAAUAGUAGUUACCAGUUGGGUAUAUCCGAACCAGAGAAAAUGCUAAUACCACACCUUACACCUUCUUUUGCAAAUAGUGAACAGGGUAAUUACGGCCGAUUAGGACUUGGGGAUUCGAGUAAUCAAAAUCGGCCAAAAUUGAUUAGAUUUGAACACGAAUGUAAAAUUAAAAAUUUGGUAUCAUCUAAAGGCUCUGAUGGACAUACGUUGGCUAUAGCAAGCGAUGGUCGAAUUUAUAGUUGGGGAGAUGGUGAUUAUGGUAAGUUAGGCCAUGGCAAUCAUGUCACUCAGAAAAGUCCUAAAUUAAUUUUAGGUCCUAUGCAAGGAAAGGUUGUACGUCAAAUAGCUGUUGGAUAUCGGCAUAGUGCUGCUAUAACAAGUGAAGGCCUACUAUACACUUGGGGAGAUGGAGAUUACGGAAGAUUAGGUCAUGGUGAUAAUCAUAGUAGAAGUAUUCCUACACUGGUUAAGGACAUUACUGGUGUCGGCUCAGUUAGUUGUGGAAGUUCUUUCACUGUCGUAAUAUCACAAGAUGCAACUACAGUAUGGUCAUUUGGUGCUGGCGACAACGGUAAACUUGGCCAUGGCGACACAAGCAGAGUGUAUAGACCUAAGGUUAUUUCCAAUUUACAAGGCUUGCUAAUUCGUAAAGUUUGUUGUGCUAGCCAAAGUUCUUUAGCUUUAACAUCGAUUGGUCAGGUAUUUGUAUGGGGUAGCGGGCCUUGUCUUGGUUAUGGCCAGGCUGAUGCUACUUUCUUGGUACCAAAGCGGCUAGAUGAAUUUCAAGAUCUUCAAAUUAUUGAUAUUGCUGUUGGUGAUAACCACUGUUUAGCUUUGACUUGCGAUAAUGAUGUCUAUUCUUGGGGAAAUAAUGCUUCUGGCCAGUGUGGUCUUGGUAAUAAUAAUAGCCCCGUUUUACUACCGAGAAAAGUUACUGGUUUUGAUAAUCAUGUUAUAUAUCAAAUAUCGGUUGGCACAUCGCAUAGCAUAGCAUGGACAGCUCUGCCAACUGAUAGGUGCAUUGUGACCUCAUACAAACCGUUUUGUAUCGAUCUAAAAGAAAACACUUUUUCGAAAUUAUAUCAUUUAUUAGAUAGAUUUUGUACAUUCAAUGAUACGGCCAGUUCAGUUGUUACUCAUGGGCAGAGAAAACAACUCGUUUGUACUUGUUUAAAUCUUCUAGCAAUACAUCUAUCAUUAGCUUCAACUGACUGGUGUUCGUGGACUUCUGCUCUUGGACAAUAUUCACAACCUUUAAGGGAGCUUAUGUUUCGGCUCAUUGAUACCCCAGAAUACUUUGAGGACGCCAAAAAUGUGCUAUCCGUUGGGGCGCGUUUAUUGUUACCUGACUUACCGGAAAUGGCAAAGAGCAUGAAACAUGAAGAAAUACUAGAAAUCAGGAAUACAUCUACAAAUGCUGAAAAGUUUAUAAAUUCAGCUGAGGGACUAUUAAUUUUUCAGCAAAUGGACGAUCUCUUAUUAAUAAUGCAGAAACAUCUGUUGACUUUGUGUAAUAAAUAUAUUGGAAAAACUCAUUCUGACCAACAACCGAAAUUGUGCCUGGAAGCUCUUAAUGCGUACGUAUCAGCAUUGACCACUUCCACAGUGGAUAUCUUAGUAGAAGCUAAAGUAAUUGUGCAGCAUUUCAGCGUUGCAGAUAAAAUUCGCGAAGUAUUAGAAGCCGUAUUGAAUUCAGUAGUUGGGACCCAUCUUUCGCAAGUAACUCACUCUCUUCUCCUCUUACCUCCAAUGAUUACUAAAACGUAUUUGCCGGAUUUAAUUUUGUUGGUCUCAUGCCUUGAUGACUUUCUAUGCUUACUACCAGGCAUAGAAUCAGUUGAUAAAGAAUUGGAGAACUUAUCUAAUGAGAAAACGGAAACAAGCGAUAAGGAAUUUGGAUUAGAAUAUAAAGAGCCAUAUGUAUGGCUACUAGAUAUUCAACGUACUUGCUGUUUUUUAAUCGGCCGCUGCAUAGGUGGCAUGUUGUAUGACAUGCCGUCAUGUAAUGAAGAUAUCGUCAACUAUUGGAUUAAAAGCACUUUAUUGCAGAACGGCUUUGAAGAGUGUAUUAAUGAAGAUGAAUACCAUCGACGUGUAAUUUCAGAAGAGGAAAUGGAAAAUUUGAUCAUUAAAAUCAAUCCUAGCAUAGUUGGAUUAAUAAAUCCUAAUAAAAGUGAUACAGCAACUGAGCUACUUUGGCAACACGUGAGAGAAUGGUUGGAUGAUGAUGGCCAGGAUGAGCUAAGUACUAAAUAUAAUGUCUUAUUGGAUGAUGCUUGUAAGUAUGCUUUAGCAAGCAUGUUGAAACACUGUCGAUUUGCUGGCGUUGAUAUAAUUAACUCAAGACAAUCGAACGAUUCACCGCUAAGAUUAGUAUUAACAAAUCUCAAUAAACUAAGGACGAACUUAACUUCUUGGAUUAAAAAAUUCAAAGGCUUUGGUGAUAAUUCAUUCAAGAAGAUACAGGAUCGUUUAAAGUCUUUUGCUCUAUUUUUAUGCUGUUAUAUAAAAUCGGCAUUGCUCGCUAACAAUGAUGAAGUUCAAUUUGUGGUUGAACAAUUUUUUAUGAAAAAAGUGGCAUCAGGAUCUUCAAAUGAACAAAACGAAGGUCUAUCAAGUGGAAGCACGAAUGCUGCAAAUAACAGUGGUAACAUUGACAUUGGAGUAAAAGGGCUAGCAAAUAAAUUAGAACCUAACCGUCAGAAUGCUAUCCUUCGACAAAUGAAGCAGAUAUGUGAUCAAGUAGCGAAAUUUAUGUCACUAGCCAUAGCAGCAACAUCGUCAAGUUGUAAGAAUAUCGAUCUGCCAUCUAUGAUCAUUGAUAUUGCCCGUAAUAGUAGGCAGAAAUCAGAGAUGAGAAUUUAUGGGCUCAAAGUUUUAUUGACGCUAUUAUCUCCUGAUGUUACACCACCUGAUUUGAUUCAUUCUGCUGAAGUAACACCACGAUUUUCAUUGCCGUCGCUUCCGUCAUGCCAAGUGCAAUUUCUUAUUGGUUGUUUUGGUAACAUUCCAUCAAUAAAGUUGGACACAAAUUUUACCCAUUACCAGGAUAUGACGUUUUUUAAUACAACUGAAGCUCAGUUGGAAAUGCAAGGUGCAACCCAUCGUUUAUAUCGUAUGCUGCUAGGAUUGUUACAUCGGUAUCUAUGUGAUAAGGAUAGCGAUCAAAAUACUUGGUCGUGCACGAUAUUGGUACUUCUCCAGUCAUUAAGUCUAUAUCACAAUUAUGAAGAUUUAAAAGUUCUUAUUAGCAGUGAAGUAGUUAAUAUCCUUAGUCGUCUUAUUAAUAAAGUCAAUCCAUUGAAGAUGUCGCUACAUUCAAGAAGUGUGGCCUUUUCACCUCAGACACCAUUUCAUAUUGCCAGCAAGAAUUGGUUGCAGUUAUUGAUGUCUGUAGCAAGUUUAAGAUUACUGCAGAUAUUUUGUAUAAGUGUUUGUUUAACUUCAAAAUCGUUCUCUAAAGUAACCAUGGAUUCAAUCGGGGAAAUAUUGUGGCAGCUUCUAUUAAAACUAAAGAAAUGUCGUCAUACAUUGUUAGGCACUGAUUGGAAUCUAUCAGCAUUUUUGGUAUUUAUAAGAAGACUGUCAUUUUCAAAUAGUUUUAUUUCUACUAUAAGUUCCACGAAGUGGGUCAAAAGCCUUCUUGAAAUUAAUAACUCAUAUUUGGAGACCAGCGGUGAUGGUGUUAUCAGUAUACAACAACGGUUACUGUCUAUUAACUUACUAAAAUGUACUCUAUCAGCUUUGACCGCUGAUGAGCAUGUUAUACGGCAAAUUAUUGAAUCGCUUUUCGAUAAUAUAUCCGAUAUGAUGUCAUUUAUUCAACCGUCAACAGAGUAUAGUGAUUACUCGAAAUUAAUUGUGGAUUAUACUACUGAUUCUCCCAUGAACUUAGAUCCUGCUAUACCUAUUAAAGCCAAUUUUGAUCCUGAUCUUACGAUAUGCUGUACGGUUGAAAAUCUUACUACUCUAGUUCAUAGUGUAAAUGGGCGAGGAUACGGCAUUGCCGCUUCUAGCAUAAAAUCUGGUACUCGACGAUGGAAUUUCUAUGUAACACAGGAUACACGAAAUAGCGAUGGUGUUUGUAUUGGUAUGACACGUUAUCCAAUAACCGAUUAUAAUUAUCGCACAACUUCGGAUAUGUGGUUAUAUCGUGCUUGUAACGGUAGUUUGUAUCAUGGUGGUGAACUUCCUUCAUCAACUUUUCCAUCUUAUGCUGGUGGUGAUUAUAUUACUGUUAUUGUUGAUAUGCAAUCAUGUAAUAUUGCAUUUGGUAAAAAUGAUGAAGAGCCGAUGAUAGCUUUUGAAAAUAUCGAUCGUCAAGAAUUACUUCCUGUAAUUGUAUUUGGCAAUAAUAGCCCUGGAGAAAGAAUUUCAUUACUGGAUAUGAGAAUUGACGGCCCACCAAUUGAUCUUAUAGCUGGUGAUCCAUUAUGUGCUCCUAGUCAUGUCAUUAGUGCACAAGCCUUGGUUGAGCUCAUAAGAGAAUUGCAUGAAAAUAAGAAUUGGAAAACAAUUAUAAACGAAACCAUUAUAAAUCGUUUGACAAUUAAUGAUAACGUCUUAAUCGCAAAUAACGAUGAAGCUGAUGGUGUUACCUACAGCCACAUUUUCCCCCAUCAUCAAAUCAGUGAUAGCAUCGUGUACAGUGUUGCUUUUAAUGUUGAUUCACUGGAAGAGCAUCAGGAUCCAGAUUAUCCUAAAUUAUGUCUGCAUACUUUAUGCAGAUUAGCUUGGCCGGCUCUAGCAGUAUUGGGUGGCAUCGAUUGUGGUUAUAGGGUUGGUAGUACUUGUCAGCAUCAACCAAGUUCGCGAAUAGUAACACUUCUUGGCAUGAAACGAAGUUACAGUAAACUUGUAACAGUACUAUGGAAUGAUACCGAUGCAGCUGUGAGUGAGAUUCCUUUAGCUCAGCUAAAGUUGUACAAGCCGAAGUCUUUUGAUAUAGAUGGAUUAGACUGUAUUAAUGCCGAUGUUAUACAAAGCAUUAUUUAUCUUUCUGGCCUCCCUGAGAAUCCUUUGAAAGAGUAUCGUGCAAAUUCGCUUUUUGAUGGUGAUAAUGUACAAGAUCAUGACAUUGCCUCUACAGCUUUUGCAAACUCUGUCGACUCAGCACAUUUGCGCGAGGGUAAUGAUGUUCAGUUGCCUAGAUGGAUAUCAUCUUACUAUAAGUUAAUUCAAAUAAGGCAAGAUAGCGAGCUCAAUACUGUUAAAUUAUCACACUUGCAGUUUACAGCCACGAAGGCUUUGAUGAUUUUAAUCAGUUGUAGAAAAUUUACACAGUUACUGUCUGGACAAGAAGCAGUAGAACUAUAUGAUAGUUGUACGAAUGACUCACUAAAGCAAGUCUGCAUCCCCUUUAUGAAGUAUUUUGUGCGAAGUGCUAUUUCAUCAUCGCCAAUUCGCCGAUUUAUCCCUUUUACAGAAUUUGAUCGAGUUUUCUCUGUUUUUGUCACUAAAAUUCAAGGUUUUAUUAAUAAAAAUGAAUGGGAUAGAGAAUCCUUAUCCUCUUCACCAACCAAAAUAAAGUCUGUUGAUGCAGCAGAAAUGGCUGGUAGAAUUGUUGGCGAUCACUCAGCAAGAGCAAUUAGUGAUAAAAGCGGUUUGACUGUUGCAAAUAUUUCUACAUCGAUUUCUGGGCCAUUAUUAGAGAUGGGUUUUUCACGAACACAAAUUCAAAUGGCUAUUGAAGCAACAGCUGAUGAAAAUACUAUUCCAAAUAUUCGUGAUAUGUUAUCAUGGUUACUUAGAUCUGAAAUUAGAUCACAAUUACACUCUACCGAUGAUCAUGCCGCUACUUCUGCUCGUCAUUUUCAUGUUCAUGAUCAGAGUACGCCUACUCAUGUCAAUCAACUAAAUAGCCAUCUUUUUGAUCAAUCUACGCGUAUGUCACAGUUAUCUGGCCAUAGUGUAAUUGGCAGUGCAACUACCCAAGUGCCCACUUUACAUGCUUCUAAUGAAGUCUGUGAGUUAUGUUUACUUAACUCAAGUAAUAUGGACAGGCAUAUGCGUAGUUAUCAUCCAGGCUGUAAUUCAAAUUCUUCUGUUAAUCAAGUUUGCGGAUCUGGAACUCCCUAUUAUCUAUGUCCUUCUUGCCGUAGCAACUAUUUGCGGCAGUAUGGUAGUGGAGGUGAAAUAACAACAAAAUUAUCUACAGUUGAAAAUCGUUACAGCUUUGGAAGAUUUAAAUUACUAGAGGAAGCAUUUGAUCUCCUUAGCCCAUCUGAUAGAUCGAAAACAAGUCAAGGACUAGUUAUUGAUGCCAAUGAUACUGCCGAUUUACGUUUAGCAAGUGAUAGUUUCGAUGAUAUAGCGCCUGUUCUUAAAUUUUCUUUUAUCGAUUUUAAAGAUAAUAUCAUGCAGUAUGAUCAAACUGAUUCAUUAGGCAAUCACUUUGCCUGUUAUGCACACUGCCAAAUAAAUUCAGAAGGCAGCCAACAAUCUACUCGAAGUGUAACUAUAGAAAAGAAAAAACUUCGUGGGUCUCUGGCGCAGCAAGGCCAACGCUUGAAAAGCAAAUCUGAUCGAAUUUUUGCUAUGCGUCGAUGUACCGUAGCAUCCCAGAUUUGCGCAGCUAGAAUAACAACAACCUAUUUAUUGGCCUUGUUUUAUUAUUUACCUUCACAUGCGGAAAAAUUAAAGUAUUUACAUGUUCUUGAACUUGAUGAUGCUGACAAGUUGAUUAAAUUGUUGCAAAUUGCAAUUGCUGGUAGAAUAGAUCAAGAUUAUGUUAGUAUGUAUGGUAUAUCUUCAGCAGAACAAAUUGACGUUAUAAUUUCUGCAAUCAAUGUAUUAAUAUCCUAUGACCAAUCCGCUUUUCGACAAGUGGUUUUAUUAUGCACCUAUGACUUGUCUAAGGUUGCAUUUGGAGAAGGAAUUAAUAAUGAUGGAACUAACAUUUUAACCGAUCCUAAAGCAGCAAUAUCAGAUCACCAAAUAUUUUGCUCAUCAAGAAAUCUAUCAAUUGUCAAGUCGUUAAUUGAAACAGUGAUUGAUUCAUUAGCGGCACAUUCGCAGCAAAAUCAGGCUUGGAUUCCGACGAGAUCUCAUCACAUACUCGGAAACAAGGACCUUUUACUACCACUAUUGAAUGUUUUAGCUGCUUGUAGCAUAAGUAAACUUUUACCUUCAUGGGAACGUUCGUGGGCUGCUUAUCAACUUGCAAUACUGAUGGGUAAAUUAGCUCAUUUCGGUUCCAAAUCAGAUACCAAGAUAACUUUCAAGUCCCUCAAGAGUUUGCAAUGUUACUUGCCAUCUUGUUCAACUCAAUUAUUAUCAGCACAUAAGACGCCAGUUAUAUCAUUGUCUUGUCAUUUUGAUUCUGGACUUGUUGUUAUUAGUACUGUUAGUAAUACGGUCUAUUUAAGGGAACUUAAAACUGGUGGCUACCAUGCUACAGUGCUGGAUGUUGAAGAAACUGAUACUAAUAUAGAUUGCGAUGACGCCAACUUAUUUCAUGAAGAAAAUAAAAUCCGAAAAUAUAUUGGUAAUUUACAAUUCAAUUCCAAUGGAAAAUAUUUCGCUGGUAGUAAGCGUAGGAAGAUUUAUUUUGGUGUUACCUCCAAUGGUAAACGUUCAGUUUAUACACAAGCAUGCCAUGUAACGUGUUUGACGUGGCCACGAUAUCGACGUAUCAACUCAGGUGAAGAAAAUAUAAGAGACUAUUUACUAGUGGGAACAGAGAAUGGCGACGUAUUUAUAUUGGAAGUCAACAAUAAUGACGCGUUACAGAAAAGACCUAUGCCAGCAUUUCAGCGAUCUUCAGCCAUUACAUCAUUAGCUUGGCACAGUACAUCAAGCUAUUUUAUAGUUGCUAGCGCUGAUGGCAUCAUCCAAAUUGGAUUGCUAUCUCACCUAUUCGAUCCAGUAGAAAUAUAUCGACAUCCGGAUGAAUGUGAUAUUACUACUAGUUGGGAUGUGUCAGGAAGGUAUUUAUCGAUCAUUGUAGCCAGUCAUGAUGACUCAACUGCUAUGAUUUGGGUGGAAGAUAAUCAAGAACUUAAGCUAGACUUUACAAUUCCACUCAAUACUACAAUCAUUAAAUGGUCAAAUGGAUUUGUAGAUAAAACGGGUGAGACAUGUUUAUUUGCUACUGGAGACGAUAUUGGCUUAAUUCGAAUGUAUGUUGUAUCAUAUCAGGGAGUUUCAUCUAAUUUUGAACAUCAAUCGAUUUCGCCCGUAAGUGCAUUCGAACGUAAGCAAUUCAAUAGUAAAAAUUUAUCGCGUCAUCAAUAUUCUAAUAUUUAUCACCUUUACAAUAUUGCUGGCCAUGAGGAUAGUAUUGUUUCGUUAGCAUUCAUUUCAAAUGACUCCGUCCUAGUGUCUUUGUGUGCAGAUCAUCAGGUUAAUUUUUGGUCCGCUUAUGAUGGAAUCCCGUUACAAACAUACCAAAGCAAUAAACCCGUUGUUUGUUUUGAAUCUUUGGGUAACUUUGGCCUUGCCUUAGGCAGCGUAGGAUUGAAGGACGUUACUGUAUUUCUGUUUAAUGAUGAUUGGUUGGAGAAAAUCCGUUAUUCUGCAGUAUCAAAACAUUCCUUGCAUUUAUGUGGUUUUACUCAAUUAGAUAUUGCACCUUGUUUAUGUGGAUUGAUUAAAAAUCUACCAGCCAUCAUGUUAGAACAGUAUACUUAUGAAAAAUGUAUUAUUAAAGAUGGCGAUCAAUUAAUGCACAGCCGUUACCUUCAAAGUCUCACAUCAAUCGUUUGUACACUGAAUUUAGAUAGAAUUAUUUGUUAUGAUCCGAUAAAGCGCUCCAUAAAUUUAGAAACGAUAUAUCCAUUACCGGAAUGGAAAUGGCUUGUAGAUUAUUGUAGGGCAGAACAACUCUGUGUAUCACUUCAAUGUAGUCGACAGCAGAAUUUGUUCCAACUAAUCACUUCUACCAAGGAGAACGAAAUUCUUCCACCUUGGAAAUUGGCCAUGGAUCGUGAAAUUAUAGAAUGGGUUACAGAUAGACCGCAAGAUUGGAAAAUGAGUGCAAAAUGUGAAGCUUAUACAUGGGGUGGUGGCCGCCAUGGCCAAUUAGCUGAAUCAGGCCGACUAGUCUUACAGCCGACAUUAACGAGUUCAUUUUCUAAAGCUAAGCAAAUUCAUUGUGGCCAUAAUAGUACUUUCGUUAUUGAACAUGAUGGCACGGUUCUUGCUUGCGGUGAAGGAAGUUAUGGUCGACUAGGGCAAGGUAAUUCGGACGACUUGCCGCGCCUUAGGCCUAUUACAGCCUUACAAGGAUUUGUUGUAACAGAAUUAGCAACAUCGACAGGUUUGGAGGGGCAUUCACUCGCAUUGACUGAAACGGGCGAAGUAUUUAGUUGGGGAGAUGGUGAUUAUGGAAAACUGGGUCAUGGAAAUAGCGAACGUCAGCGCCGCCCAAGACAGAUUGAAGCAUUAAGAGGAGAAGAUGUUCUUCAUGUUGCAUGUGGCCAUAAACAUUCAGCUAUUGUUACUGUUGAUGGCAAGCUAUUUACGUUUGGCGCUAGCGACUUAGGGCGAUUAGGUUUAGGUAAUACUAGCAAUAAAAAAUUGCCAGCACAAGUUACCGCUCUACAACCAAUCAUGGUAGAAUUGAUUGCAUGUGGUGCUAAUCAUACCGUUGUUGUUACAACGGAUCGAGAGUCAGUGUGGACUUUUGGCGAAGGGGAGUAUGGACAACUAGGCUUAGGUAGAACCACAGCUAAAAUGACCCCCCAAUAUGUUGAUGCAUUUAGUAAAUUGAACAUUAAGAAGAUAUGCUGUGGUGCUCGUUUUACUUUAGCGUUAACAAAAGAAGGGAAAGUUUAUUCUUGUGGUCACAAUCGAUGUAACGGGAUUUUCGAAGUCGAUACGCAGCACGCCGACUAUUAUCCGCAACAAGUUAUGGCUUUAUCCGAGCAAUUUAUAGAGGAUAUUGCAGCUGGUUAUGAACAUGCCUUAGCACUAACGAAAGAGGGAGAUGUUUGGAGUUGGGGCAAUGAUACAGAUGGACAACUUGGAUUAGGUCAAACGCUACCACAACGGGAACCUUGCCUUAUAUCAAGUCUUCAAGGGAAAGGCAUUCGCCAGAUUUCAGCUGGACAUAAUCACAGUGCAGCGUGGACAGUAGCGCCAGCAAGUAUUCGAAAAGCUAUGGCAACGUCAAGUUCAUUGGAAUUAGGUUUACCGGAAAGAAUACCAGAAAUCUAUGGUUCCCUUGCUGGGAUAGAUAUACAACUGAUCAGAUCUAGAUUACAAUAUCUGUUAGACAUGUCCGAAGCUAUUUAUUAUUCCUGGAGAUUACUUGAUUUAUGUCCUAAAAAGUUGAGCCAUAUCAGCAACGGAUUUAUGGGCAUCAUGCAAGGAUUUUUGCGCCCUUUAUUACCAACACGAGUAACGAUGCAACCAUUCCUUCGUCACAUCAGUAAAACCAUGCUACACAAUCGUAAUUUUGGACCAACGGUCAAGCAAGUGAUGCAAUCCAACUUAGCUGAGCUAUGUCUGCCUAUGAGAGCCUGGAAAGUUAAGCUAGUGGGUGAAGGUGCUGAUGAUGCUGGUGGAGUCUUUGAUGAUACAGUUAGUGAAAUGUGUAAGGAAUUAGAAAGCAAUGAUGUCUCACUACUUAUUCCAACGCCAAAUUCAGUUGAUCAACUUGGCUACAAUCAGGAUAGAUUUAUUAUUAACCCGUCAGCAUCAUCGAUAGAAGAAUUGAAAAAAUUUGAAUUCUUGGGAGUGUUACUCGGUAUAAGUGUACGAUCAAAAAAGCCAUUAGAUCUUCACUUGUCUCCGACAGUUUGGAAGCAGAUAUGUGGCAUUCCAUUAACUGAAGGCGAUAUUGAAGAGGUUGAUACUUUAUUUAUCCAAACUAUGCGAAGUCUUCGAGACGUAGAAUAUAAUGAUAUUGACGAGAACACAUUCCAGGAGUAUUUUCCCAUAAGUACCUUUGUUGCUAAAGAUUCGAAUGGCAAGUUUGUUCCUAUCGUUCCUGGUGGUAGAAAUAUUGAAUUAUCAUACAAUACGAGAAUGAAUUAUGUUAAAUCUGCAAUCGAAUUUAGAUUGCAUGAAGUAGAUUCCCAGAUCGCUGCUAUUAGAAAGGGAAUGUCAUGGGUCAUUCCCGUUCCAUUAUUAUCUUUUAUGACCGAAUUACAGUUGGAAAAGAUCACUUGUGGGGCAGCUGAGAUUGAUAUCUCGGUACUUAAAAGUAUGAUUAGUUUUAAAGCAGGAGAAGAAAUAAAUCAAUUAUUGUCCUGGUUAUGGUCUAUUUUGGAAUCAUUUAGUAGUAAGGAGAAAGUCCUUUUCAUGCGUUUCAUUUCUGGUAGAUCUAGACUACCAUCAAAUAAAAUGGAUUUAGGGCAAAAAUUUCAAGUUAUCAAGGUUGAUCGGCCGUUAGAUUCUUUGCCUAUGUCGCAAACAUGUUUCUUCCAAUUACGACUACCAUCUUAUUCAUCACAAGAGGUUAUGGCAGAGAAGCUACGUUAUGCUAUCAGUAACUGCCGAUCAAUAGAUACCGAUAAUUAUAUGUUGGCUAAUAAUGAUAUUACUGAGGCGCCCGGAGAUCUUGCUGAUGAAAUGUUGUAG